GUAUAUUCAUUUGCAAAGAAAAACUCGUACAAAAACAGUGACAAAACUUAUGUUGGGGCUUUUAGUGGCAAGAAAUUGUUGUAAUAAAUUAAUAAAAAAUAUAUAAAUUAUUCAUUGAUAAACAAAAAAGAAACUUGUGAAAUAAAUUAAUUAAUAAAGUGUAUAAUAAUGUAAAAAAUAUCGCAAAGAAAGGAAAAAAACACAAUGACCACUUUAAAAUAUCAAUCUACAACACAGUCAGCAACUUGAAUACUAUUUAUUGUGGUCAUUGUAUGAAACGAGGAAAAUCAAAAAAAAAAACAAGAAAAAUUCUAAUUUAUUUUUGGAUAAUAUAAGUGAAAAGUCAAAAAUCUAGAGCAUUUUUUCUUCCUAAGGUGAAGGGGAAACGUAGGCACUUGUUUGUAUGGUUGUUAAGUGGUAUUAAGGCAAAAAGAAUUGUUGAUUUCAAACUAGUAAAACGUGAAUAUUUAAAAAAUAUAUAUUUUCUUUUAAACGAAAAUAAAGAACUGUAAUAGCAACAACAACUGCAAGAAUAUGGAAAACGAACGUUUGCGUAUUACUUUAGAUAAUCCCAACAAAUUGUAUAUAGCCGGGCAAACAAUAAAGGGUGAGAUUUGGUUUAAUCUAACCAAACGUACAAAAAUUCGUGCGAUUAAAGUCCAAAUUACCGGCAAAGGUAAAUGUAAAUGGAUGGAAAUUUUACGCAAAAACUCCAAUUCGAAUAAUGAAACCACACGCAGCCUUUUCUAUUCGAGCAAAGAAAUCUAUGCCCACAAUGAAAUACCACUUUCGGUAUUCGAACCCCGUGGCAUUGAGCUAAGUCCCGGUGAACAUACUUUCGACUUUUCAAUGCCUUUGGAAUGUUUUCUGCCGUCUAGUUUCAAGGGAAGUCAUGGUUCAAUUAAAUACAAACUUCGUAUACUCAUACAAAGGCCCUGGUCAUUUGAUGAACGGCAUUCUAUACCGGUAACCAUAAUGAAAAAUAUGUCAUUGCCGCCGGUGUAUCGGCUAAAUCCCACACCAUUGGAGAAACAAAUCACGAAAACUAUAAGUUUAUUUGGUACACGACCCAUAAGUAUGUUGGCCUUACUGCCCGAAGACUUUGCGGUGAGAGGAGAGCCAUUGCGUAUAUGUGUUACGGUGACCAAUAAUAGCACCACCAACGUAGAGAAAUUACGUUUCUGUGUUUUACAAUACAUUUCUUAUUACAGCCAUGUGCCGUUGAGGGUACAAAAAAUGGAAAUCAUACCUAUAGCCCACAAGGAGACGGGAUCGGUGCACAAGAAAAGUGAACGUUCGUUUGCCCAUGAACUGCUAAUACCCGAAAUGGCCCAGCCGACGGAUGAUGAGUUGUCGGGCGUGAUUAACAUAACCUAUGAGUUGCGCAUUGAAGCAGUUCUAAGGGGUUUCUUUAAAAAUCUCGUUCUUAAUAUGCCUUUUAAAAUGUACACAAAUGAGACUGAAGGAGCAGUACGUCUAGCGCCCAAUUUACCACAUCCACCCAUGCCGCCGGAAGUUGCCAACGGUGCUGGCAAUCCCUUUGAACAAUCUUCCAAUUCUAUAACUAUGUAUCCACCACUGGAUACAUCAAUUGGUUCACCAUCACACUCUUCACAGUACAGCAGUGAAUCGAGUUCUUUGCAUUCGACCACUUCGGAUUCAUCGGCAGCCACUUUAAGCCCAGCUGUAGGAGGUACAGCGCUAUCUUACACUUCCGGUUCAUCGUCACAAUUCAAUAGUCCCUCUAACCGAGCUAGUCUUCGCAGUAAUUCGAAUGUACCAUAUAUGCCUUACUCGAGUAGUCCACUGAUGAUCAAUUCAUAUCCACCGCCAGCCGCUAAUAUGCCACCAUAUCCCCUAUCAGACUCGCCACAAUACUCGCUGAUGCAACAGCCACUUCCACAUCAGGGUACACCAACACCCCCACCGCCAACCAUGAACAACUUAAAUCGAAGUUCAAUAAUGUCAACACAUUAUGCCUCGGUGUCAUCGUCGACGUACAUGGCAAUGCGACCACAGCCAGGAGCCCAUGAAUUGCCUCCUUCCUAUGAAGAAUUAUUUGGCAAUGCUACCGCUCCACCCGAAACGCCCAAAUGAGAUAUUUUUCUAAAUCUGCAAUUUUAGACAGAAUUAGUGAAAAUAACACACACACACACAAAACAAAAAGUAUGGAACAAAGUUACUAAACCCACCCCCUUUUUAAAGAAAUUAAUAAAACUAGUAAAACAGAAAGAAAGCAAGAAACUGACGAAC